CCAGCCGCCGCGUCCCCUAGGGUUCCGGCGCCGCGAGCCCCUCUACACCGUCGCCUCUCCAGCGAACUACGCCUUAACCCCCGCCUCUCCUCUCAACCCCAAAGUCGCCAUGGCGGAGAAGCUGAGGGAUCUGAGCCAGCCCAUCGACGUCCCGGUGCUCGACGCCACCGUCGCCGCCUUCUUCGGCACCGGAUCCAAGGAGGAGAGGAAUGCUGCAUACCAGAUAUUACAGGAUCUGCAGAAUAACCAGGACAUGUGGCUGCAAGUGGUCCACAUCCUGCAGAAUUCGCAGAAUUUGAACACGAAGUUCUUUGCCCUCCAAGUACUUGAAAGUGUUAUUAAGUACAGGUGGAACGCGCUGCCGAGUGAACAACGUGAUCGCGUGAAGAAUUACAUAUCUGAUGUGAUUUUUCAGCUCUCAAGUAAUGAGGUUUCUUUCCGAAAAGAGAGGCUUUAUGUUAAUAAGCUCAACAUUAUAUUGGUGCAGUUUCUGAAGCAUAAGUGGCCAGCCUCGUGGGCAUCCUUCAUUUCUGACCUUGUUGCAGCGGCAAAGAGUAGUGAGACAAUAUGUGAAAAUUGCAUGGCUAUAUUGAAGCUUGUAAGUGAAGAGUUUUUUGAUCUAUCAAGAACUGAAAUGACAUCACAUAUGAUUGAGGAACUCAAGUCUUCACUUAACAGUGAAUUUCGUCUCAUCCACGAGCUAUGUUUGUAUGUCCUAUGUACACCACAAAGCUCUGAGCUGAUCCGUGGUACACUGGCUACGCUUCGCGCUUUCUUACCAUGGAUUCCUGUUGGAUUUAUCUUCGACUCACCGUUGCUGGAGACGUUGCUGAAGUUCUUUCCUAUGGCUGCUUAUCGGCAUCUUACACUUCAGUGCCUAACAGAGGUUGCUGCUCUUCAGUUUGGUGAUUUUUAUAACAUGCAGUAUGUGAAUAUGUACACAAUUUUCAUGAUGAGGUUGCAGGGUAUUCUUCCUCCUAGAUUAAUUCCCAAUGCCUAUGCUAAUGGUUCCAAUGAUGAACAAGCAUUCAUGCAAAAUCUGGCACUCUUUUUCACUUCCUUCUUUAAGAGUCAUAUACAUAUACUGGAGCGGUACCCUGAAAAUAGAGAUUCAUUACUCCUCGGUCUUGAGUAUCUUAUUGGAAUUUCAUUUAUUGAUAACACUGAGGUUUUCAAGGUGUGUUUAUAUUACUGGAAUGCAUUUGUGUCGGAGUUACUUCAAGAACGCAAAAAAAUCGAGCCGGCAACAGCAGCUGUAAGCAUGAUGGCACUUCAGGCUGAGAUGAUUCCUAGAGCUGUUGAUGGUACUAGUACAGCUGUUGAGCAUAGGCAGCAGCUUUAUUCAGGCUCACUGUCAAAAUUACGAGCGUUGAUGAUUUGUCGGAUGGCAAAGCCCGAGGAGGUAUUGAUUGUGGAAGAUGAAAAUGGCAACAUUGUACGUGAAACAUUGAAAGAUAAUGAUGUCCUUGUCCAGUAUAAGAUCAUGAAGGAAAUACUGAUCUAUUUGACUCUUCUUGAUCAUGAGGAUACAGAGCAGCAGAUGUUGAAGAAAUUGACAAAACAAUUGAAUGGGGAAGACUGGAGCUGGAAUAACCUCAAUAGUCUUUGCUGGGCUAUUGGAUCAAUAUCUGGUUCUAUGGUUGAGGAACAGGAAAAUAGGUUUUUGGUAAUGGUAAUUUGCGGUUUGCUGGAUCUCUGUGAAAUCACCAAGGGGAAAGACAAUAAAGCUGUAAUUGCAAGCAACAUCAUGUAUGUAGUUGGCCAGUAUCCAAGAUUUCUCUGGGCUCACUGGAAGUUUCUGAAGAUAGUCGUGAAGAAGGUGUUUGAGUUCAUGCAUGAGAUGCAUCCUGGAGUUCAGGAUAUGGCAUUUAAUACUUUCCUGAAAAUUGUUCAGAAAUGCAAGCGCAAGUUUGUGACACAACAGGUCGGCGAGAAUGAACCACUUGUUUCUGAACUGCUGUUCAGCUUUACUACAACCUUUCUUGAUCUGGAGCCACACCAGAUUCAUACUUUUUAUGAAUCGGCUGGCCACAUGAUUCAAGCUGAAUUGGAUAAUACUAAGAGGGAUGAAUACCUCAAGAGAUUGAUGGGCCCUACUAAUCAGAAAUGGGCAAAAAUUAUUGGCCAGGCAGGCCAGAGCAUUGAUAUCCUGAAGAACCAAGAUGUUAUCAGAUCUGUUCUUAACAUAUUACAGACAAACACAAGCGUGGCGGCUGCACUUGGACCACACUUUCUCCCACAAAUUUCAUCAAUCUUCUUGGACAUGCUAACAGUUUACAGAAUGUACAGUGAGCUUGUAUCAAGCACUAUUGCUGAAGGGGGGCCUUAUGCAUCAAAGUCGUCAUUUGUAAAGCUCUUACGAUCUGUCAAGGGGGAAACAUUGAAAUUGAUUGAGACUUUUUUGGACAAAGCUGAAGAUCUACCGCACCUUAGGAAGCAGUUUGUUCCUCCAAUGAUGGAUCCUGUUCUUGGUGAUUAUGCUAGAAAUGUUUCUGAUGCAAGGGAAUCUGAAGUUCUGUCCCUGUUUGCAACAAUCAUAAACAACUACAAAGCUGAAAUGCUUUACGAUGUUCCUCGUAUAUUCGAUGCUGUUUUCGAGUGUACCCUCAAGAUGAUUACUGGAAACAUCGAAGAUUGUCCAGAGCAUGCUGUUAAUUUUUUUUCUUUGCUUCGUGCUAUUGGUACCCAUUGCUUCAAAGCAUUAAUUCAGCUUUCAAGUCAGCAAUUGAAGCUUCUGAUUGACUCAAUUAGUUGGGCAAUAAGACGUACAGAGAGAAACAUUGCCGAGACUGGCCUUAGUCUUUUGUUGGAAAUUCUGAAGAAUUUUCAGACUUCAGCAUUCCAGAAUCAGUUUUACAAAACAUAUUUCUUGAGUCUUGAGCAAGAGAUUUUCUCAGUAAUGAUUGAUUCAUUUCAUAAGCCUGGUUUCAAGCUUCAUGUUUUAGUGCUACAACACUUGUUUUGCGUGGUUGAUGAUCUAAAGGAGCCUCUGUGGGAUGUUUCCACUAUAGAAUAUAAAUCAAAUGCUGUGUUUGUCCGGGAAUACACUACAAAUCUUGUUGGGACAUCAUUUCCUAAUAUGAUGGCUGCUAAGGUGUCAAUGUUUGUUGAUGGGCUUCUUAGCUCAAGACAUGACCUUACAACCUUUGAAAGCCAAACAAAAGAUUUCCUGGUGCAAUCGAAGGAGUUCUUGGCUCAGGAUAACAAGGAUAUAUAUACGGAUUAUGCCCAUGAGCAAAUUGGUGCCUACUUGAGGGGGCUAUCAGGUCCAGUAGCCAAAGAAAUUGAAGGUUAUCUUAAGGAAUUGUUGGAUCCUGAUAUGCUGAUUAGAAGGCAUGGUAUGAACAAAACAACUGCGCCUAUGAAUGGGCUAUUUAUAAUCUGCAUGGAGCUUCUGGAUAAAGCAUUCCGUAAUGCACAGUUCGCCCACAAGAAGAUCAGACUAGCUAUCCAGCGCCUCCAAGAAGCCACUGAUGGGUGUAUGGACCCCAAAGGUACUAUUUAUAGUGCCAAGGAGAUUUCCUCGUAUGCUUUGAGUGGACCACUGAGGGAAGUCGAGAACACAUUGAAUUCUGUGAGAGAAAAGUUUGCUGAGUAUGUGUCUUUGGUUGCGAAAAAGGAUUGUGAGACGAAGCAAUUCAAUGAGUAUAUGUUUGAAGGAGAGGAGAUAUAUGGCAUGUUGAAAUGUGCUAUAUCUGAUGCCAGAUAUACAUCUUUUGGCAUAGAAAGAUGUUUGACCUUGGAAAGACAGGAAGAGGAGUGCGUUUAUGAGACCAAUGAGCAACUGCAAGAGCACUUGGAGAGAGAGGAGCAGCAAUGGUUAGAUGAUGUAGCGGAGCACAACAAGCUGUUCACAGCCGAAGGGAAAGAAAGAAUCAUCAGUAUCAUUAUUUAUGCUCGAGAAGCAUUAGUUUAUCUUGAAAAAGUUGCAGCAGCGCUUCUUAGAUGGAGUGUGAAUCAGAAGAGACUAUUUCAGCUAGUUCAGCAAACAGAGGAAAAAAAUAUUCAUGACGCGGAUCUGAUUGGAGCUGAGGCCUUUUCAACUGAGAGUGGAAGGAGCGGCUACAUCACGGUGAACAACAGGUCAACACCAAAUGGUAUGUAUUUAGAGUCCGAUCCAUUUGAAAAUGGGGGAUACAAGUGGAGAUUGCGAUGCUAUCUAAAUGGUAUGGGAGAUGCAACUGUAGGUUUCAUUUCAUGUUUUCUGCUAAUUGAUCCGGAUCAGUACCUGGGUGAUCAUAAUGUGGAAGCAAACUUUGAGUUCUCUUUCAAAGAAAACUUCACAGCGGUUUCAAUUCUUCAGGGUAGCAAAACUGCAGCAGAAACAAUACUUUGUGAUGCACAUGAGGGCAGCAAAUUCCGGACCUCUAGUAAAUAUGGUAAUGAAAAGGUGGUCCGUCUAAAAUUUUGUCCUGAUUGUUUUACGAUCCAGUGCAAUAUUGAUAUUGAUGACUCAAGCUGUAGAACUUCCUCCAUGGCUACAUUGCUGGAUAUUGGAUAUGCAGCUGAUAUAGAAUUUCAUGUUAGUGGAGAGAAGUUCUUGGCACACCAAUUUAUUUUGGCUGCUGGUUCACCAGUUUUCUUUGCUGCUUUAUGUGGUGAGAUGAAAGAGAGUGGCGGCACAUACACUGUUGAGGAGAUGGAUCCAUUGGUCUUUAAAAUGAUGUUGGAGUAUAUGUAUUCUGGUCAUGUGACUGGAAUAAAUGGAGAAGAAACAGAUACACUUAAGGAGAUUUUAGUUGCUGCUGACAGAUAUGAUCUGCCAGGGCUAAAGCUCAUAUGCGAGGACAUCCUGACAAGAGAAGCUCACGUUGAUCCCAAUCUAUGGGAAUUCGCUCGAACCUAUAAUUGCAACCAUUUGCAGCACUAUUUGAUGAAAAAUGAAAAGGUUGAUUUGACAAUUGAACUCUCUAGGCGUGAAAGGUUUGUGCAAGGUUCUUUGUGUACCACUGAUUCUGCUAAACAUGUUGAAUUCCUUUCUAUAGAGGAGCUUGCCACUACUAGGCUUCAGGAGGAAGGAAAGACAGACCAUGCUAGCAAAGACUUAGAUCACCUUACUUUGAUCUGGCAACAGAGAGAGGAAGCUGCAAAGAAUCACGAAGAGGAAAAAGCUGUCAAAGAAGAGGAAGGCUGAAGCAUGCAUCCCAAGCUAGCCAAACAACGGUGGUCCAAGCUUGUAUGAAAGAAACCAUUGCAAAAUAUGAUUCUGGAUACAUACAUAUUGAAUAACAGAUUGCGCAGUUUGUAAAUUAGCUGGCAGAAUUGAAUCUGUGAUUAAAACAAAUUAUAUGUCGACCACGUGCUGGAAAGAUCAUCGUUAAUUCACACCAGUAGUCUGAUGAAAGUAGAGCCAAAUUAUGCGCGCACACUUUUAGCUGCCAUAAUUUAGUAGAGACAAACUGUAAAGCAUGCAUAUACUUCUAUAAUCGUAAAGUUUUGGAAAAUACAGCGA